AUGAUAAAGAUAAAUAAAAAUUUUAAUUGCUUAGAGGCCAUUUCAGAAAAGAAUUUUGAUAAUCAAUUCUAAAUAUUGAUACUUUAAUUCAUUAUCACUUCAGGCUAUGAUUUAUUUUAUAGUUCAGAAAAAUGUAUGGGGUGGUUUCAGAAUUUAUCGUUAAGGAAUAAAGAGGCUGGUGUCAAUCCUUUAAUUGUGUGGGAUGCUUAUAUGGGAAUUUAUGAGUUUUUCGAUUCAAUUCGGUAUUUCAAUAAACAAAAAUGUAGUUGCUUAGUACAUGCUCAAUUAAUUUUAAGUUUAAUAUUUUGUGCGCCUGUAUUGCUAAUAAAUCAUUAUAUAAUCGUGUUCUUUGGCAAUAGGACCAUUCAGAAUAAAAUAAAGAAAAUGCCUAUAUUUUAUUAUAAUAAUUCUAUGGAAACUACGAUGCCAGAAUGUAAUAAUUGUCUGGUUGAGUAAGUUGAAAAUGACAAAAUAACUUAGUUACAUUGUAGUAAUAUGUAAAUCUAUUGUUUAAUAUAGGCAUCAUUUCCACCUCCAAUGUCUAUAAGCUUGGAUGAGAAUAAAAUAAUAAUGUCCAAUUUGUAGUAAAAGAAUUUGGCAAUAUUUAACAACCUAAUCUAAAAGUUGGAAUUUAUUAUUUUCUUAUACUUCAAUUUCCUAAUAAUAUCUGUAAUUUAUGUCUUUAUAUAAUUAUUGCUCUAAAAAAUUUGGCAGAAUGCAUAUAUCAAUUUAAAAAUAUACUUUCUUAAAAUUGCUAUUAAUAAAAAUAUUUAGAAAAAGGAAUGGCAUAAUACAAUUGUUUGUUGA